AUGCCCAAACCACCUGGGCUGGGACCUGUAGAAGCAGAAGCAGAGGCAGAGGCACCUGCUGCUCCUGAAGCUGAAGCUCCAGUUCCAGCUGAAGUUGAGACCAAGGAGGUGGCAGAGGAAAACAAGGCUGCUGAGGCUGAGGUAGAGGAGCCAGCAGCAACAGAAACAGAGAAAACAGAGGCUGAAGAGCCCAAAGAGGUCACAGCAGCGGAGCUUGUUGCUGCUGUUGCUGAGGAGACCAAAGAAGAGACCACUGAAAGUGCUGAGACACCAGCAGCUCCUCCUGUAGAGGAAGAGAAACCAGAUGAAACUACCACAGAUGUUCCGGUUGAGAAGACUGAGGAGUAG